GACUCCCGCUGCACGCAAAACACCUUUCAUCCUGCUGUCUUUCAACAAUUCACCAAUCCUGACUUGCAGUAUAAUGCAGAGUGAUUUGAGCGCACAAUUGGAGAACGGAUGUUUCUGAUUUCGUGAAUUAAUUUCGUAUGCAUUUGCCUGAGGUGAGAUUGAUAUGGGUGUGGACCGAAGAAGAACUCCACGAGGCACCUCCUCAAGCAGAUUUAUAUCGUGAACAAAAGAGAAAAAAAAUGAAACCUCGUUUGUAACAAUCCUUCGGGCAUUAAGCGCAAGGAACUUAUAGAGUUGUCGCGUAAAGGAACUAAGCCCAAGCAGUUUUUAUUUUUGGAUCAAAAGAGAUUUUUUGGCAGAAUGUCUCUUUCUCGCGUUUUCAACAUCGGAUUUCUGCUUAUCGGAUUUCAGACGAUAUUUCCAAGCUAUGGAAAGACAACUUUGGAAACUCUUCAAAUUCAAAAUGGAGAAUUUCUUCAUAACCAGAACAUAAACAAUAAUCAAAGACAAAAAAGAGACCAAAUGACUAUUCCUCCAAUCAGAAUAACUGAAAAUGAAGAUUACACCAGUAAAAAUCCACUCACCAGAAUUCGGUCUGAUGUCCCAUCUGCAAAAUAUUACAAAAUCUCAGGAAAAGGAGCCAAUGAACCACCGUUCAAUGUAUUUGUUGUUAAUGAAAACACUGGUGAAGUGAGCAUUACUGGCAUUGUGGACAGAGAGAAAUGUGCAAUAUAUAGUCUUGUGGGAUAUGCUUUGAAUAGUGUGGGAAAACAAGUGGAACAUGAAAUCAACGUGGUGUUCAUCAUAGAUGAUGUCAAUGACAAUGCUCCUGUUUUCUCAUCACCAGUAUAUUAUGCAGAAGUUCCUGAAUUGAGUACACCAGGCACUGUUGUGUUUUAUCUUAAUGCAACAGAUGCAGACGAUCCAGAUACAAUACAUACUAAGCUUGUUUAUCAAAUACUGGACCAGCAACCAUCAGAUGGUGUUAUGUUCUAUAUUGAAAAAAAUGCAAUCAUGGUAGCCCAGCCCACUCUUGACAGGGAGGAAAUCGAUCACUACACUUUAAUUAUUCAAGUCAAAGAUAUGGAUGGAGGAGAAGGCUUCUUAUCAUCAACAGCUACUGUUCAAGUAGACAUUUUGGAUGUCAAUGACAAUUUACCUAUCAUGGAGAAAGAUAGUUAUGAAGGUAGUGUUGAAGAAAACGCAGCAAAUGUGGAAGUCAUGAGAAUGAAAGCUUUUGAUGCAGAUCUUGAAGGUUCCGCAAACUGGGAGGCAGAAUAUCACAUUGAUUCAGGAAAUGAAGGUGGCUACUUCAGAAUGGAGACUGAUGCAGCAACCAAUGAAGGCAUCCUUAUUCUUCAAAAGGAAAUGGACUAUGAAGAAUUACAAAACCUUCAGCUCGGAAUUAGUGUUCGAAACAAAGCUGCUUUUCACCAAUCACUAGCAAGUGCUAGUGGUUACAAGAGUAAAUCCAUUCCAGUUAACAUCAAAGUGAAAAAUAAGAAAGAAGGUGCUGCAUUUAUGCCAAAAGUAAAAGCAAUGGCUGUCUCGGAACAGAAAGGCAAAAUGGACCUUUCAAAAGCUAUUGGUAGUUAUCGAGCAACGGAUAGGGACAGUGGGAAAUUUGCACAAAAUGUCAAAUACGCAAAAGGAAAUGAUCCAGGUAAUUGGUUGAGUAUUGAUCCAAACACUGCAGAAAUAAGGCUCAAUCAAAUGCCAGAUCGAGAAUCUCCAUAUUUAAAAAAUGGUACAUACACAGCUACAAUAUUGGCCAUAAGUGACGACAUGCCUGCAAAAACUUCAACUGGAACUAUUGCAAUUCAAGUAGAAGAUUUUAAUGAUCACUGUCCCACUCUUACGACUACUUCCACAAAUCUGUGUACAGAUGAGAAAUCAAUUGUUGUCACUGCUGUAGAUCAAGACUUCGAUCCCAAUGGUCCUCCAUUUAAAUUUGCAAUUGUAAAUGAACCAAAUAUCAAACAGAAGCAAUGGACAAUUGAAAAAAUCAAUGAUACCAGUGCAGUGGUUAGGAUACAACAGAAACUCUGGCCUGGUGACUAUAGUAUUAAAUUUAUGAUCGAGGAUCAGCAAGGCAAGAGUUGUGAAAAUGAUCAAGUCUUAAACUUUGGUGCUUGCACAUGUGAUACAAACAAGGUCUGCGCUUCAGUUUUUAAGAAGAGAACAGGAACAAGUAUUGGAGUUGGACCUCUAGCCUUGGUCAUGUUGAUGUUAGGACCCCUUCUACUACUUUUUGUUCCUCUUCUACUGCUGGCUUGUAUUUGUGGUAAUGCUGCUGGUGCAGGAGCCUUUAAGAAAGGAAUUGUUGAAGAUGCAACAGAAGGAAGAUUAAUGAAGAGUGCUUCUGAAGGGAUAGGAGAAGAUAAGGACAUUGAAAAAUUAGUCCACAAAGAGGGAUAUUGGAGUAGCAUAUGGUCAGUACAGAAAGAACGUUUACUAAUGGAUUCUAAUGUGGUAGGAGCAGCUGGAGCAAUGAAUACAGUGAAUAUGAGUGGAGGACAGGUGAUGCAUCAGUCUGGUGGAUCAGUAUAUUCUCAGCAAAUAGAAGGGUCAAUGAACAUUAUGAAUAGAAGAGACGACAUUGCUGUAGGUGGUGAAUUCAUUGAACAGGAAGAUGAGUUUGAUAUUGUGGCUCUACCUGAUCACUUACUAAAAACCUACUACAUGGAGAAGGCAAGAAAUUAUUCAGAAGAGCCAGAGGACAGGAUAUUUAAGUUCAGCACCGAAGAAGACAAAGCCUCUGUCAUUUCUGCUGUUGACAUUUGCAGAGAUAUAGAUGAAAGUUUGGAUAACAACUUUUUGAACAAUUUGGGUCCCAAAUUUAAAACACUUGCAGGCAUAUGCACUGUCAAUGACACUUCUGAAGCUACUUACAAAGACUUAGCAGUUAGUGUUGAGCAAAGUUCUAUGGUAUCUUUACCAGCAAAGCCGAGUGGUGGUUUAAUGUCAAAUCAGAAAAUAUCUACUGUUCAUGUGAAAAGCCAAGUUCCUCCUCCUAUUGUCCAACAGGACGUGUCUAUUACGGAGAAGUAUAGUACUACUACAUCUAAAUCUGCUGUUUCACAGUCUACUGUUUCACAGUCUGCUCUUUCACAGUCUGCUCUUUCACAGUCUGCUGUAAACUUGCAAAAAAAUGUACUAGUUUCAGAUACAUCAUCAUCAUAUGUCCCUCAAACCAUGUACUAUGCCACUACCCCAGUCAUUCAAGCCACUCGAUACAUUGUUGAGCCCCAGAUACAGCCAAAUGUGCUGAUUGCAGAUAGGGGCCAAGCCAUUGUUACUGGUCUUCAUGGACCUGUGAGGGUGGCUGAAAGUCUACUUACACAAAAUGUACUACUUACAGACAAACGAGUGAUCACAACACCAGUUAUUCAGAGUGGUGUAGUAGGAAUCGAUUCAGGUACGUUACAUAUGAGUGAAAUUCCUGUUGCCCAGAAUUUAGUGCUUGUGGACAGAUAUGGUAAUCGCAUACAGGGAGGAGUAGCUGGAUUAGAGCAAGGUACUUUGCGCCUGGGUGAAAUUCAGGGUUCUAAAAAUGUGCUGAUAACUGAGCAGAAAGUAUUGACAGGUGCCAGCGUGCAGAGUAACGGUAUAGGUUUAGACCAGUCAACUUUGCAUAUGAGUGCAGUUCCAAGCUCUCAGAAUGUUUUAAGAGUGGAAAAAAGAACAGAAUCCAUUCCUGUUUUACAGAGUAUGAGGAUUGGUGGGGACCCAGCCAGUGUCCAAACUAAGAAUAUAGUUGUAAAGGAAAAAACAGUGGUUUCUGGUCCUAGCAAGUUGGCAGGAGUGACAGGCUUUAAUCAUGAAAUAAUCCGCAUGACUGAAAGCCUAAAUAAUGUAAAAUGAGAAGGAUGCCUUUUUUAAUCAGAAAAAGAAUAUUGGAUUAAAUACUUAGGAAGACUUGUACAUUUUGGCCUACAAUUUCAGGUUUACAGAUUUUUUUUUUGUAAUGAGAAAAAAAGUAGUGCAAAGUACUACUCUGGGCUAGGCAACUGUCAUGAUUGUGUCCAUAAAUCUAAGUACAAACAAAGCUCAAAGCCAAUGUCACAGUCAAGAAAUGAUUGUGUAAUAUUGAAUUAAUUAGUAUAAUAAGUUGCAUUGAACUAUAAUUAGCGUGUAUAUGAAUGUUUCUAUACAAUUAACCCAGACUGUGCACAGUAUUCAUUAAGGACCCUGCUUCAGCAGGUUAAACUUUAAUAAAUUUAGUGUAGGCUGUAAAGAAUGUGUUAUUUGAAACAUUGUAAAUUCAAUAACAAUUUUGGUUCAUAUUGCUCGUUGGUAUUGAGGCAAUGGUGAGUGUUUUCAAGGGUGGGGAUUAUAUAUUAGUAUUUUUGUCUGUUUUGCUCAACAGUGGCAAGUAAGUAUUGUUUUUUUUUUUGGAACGUGGCACUUUUAAAUGUUAUGUAAAAUGUAAAACUUUUUUUGUGUUUGUUUUUGUAAAUUGUGCAAUACUGUAUUUCACAUAUGAACGAAAAAGCUUAGAGCACUUACAGUUUUAGAGACAGUGUUUCAAAUACUAUUAGAAAUUAAAGCAUUAGGACAAUGUAGACGAGAACAGGGCAUUCGACCAAGCAAAGAUUGCCAGUACUAUCUGCUUAAUUCCUCCAAAAUAACAUCAAGUCUAGUUUUGAACAUCUCUAAAGUCCUACUGUCUACCACACUACUUGGUUGCUUAUUCCAUUUAUCUAAGGUUCUCUGUGUAAAGAAAAAGUUCUUAAUGUUUGUACAAAAUUUACCGCUGUUUCCAACUACGUUCCCGUGUUAAAGUCAUUUUAAAAUAAGAGGCACAAUCCACUGUACUAAUUCCCUUCAUAAUUUUAAACAUUUCAAUUGU